GUCCGGGCAACGAUAGCAUCUGACACCCCCGUCUCGUUGAAUCUCAAUCCGAGGAAGUCCCAUGCAGAGUCAGAGCCCCGAAGAUCCGUCAAGGGAUCACGCACCGUCCGCGCCCUCCCCGCAGAAGCUAGGAGCCCUACGAGAAUGUGGGCGAGAGGCUUUCAUAUACCGAAGCGCUCCGCUGAUGGUAAGUUCCGUUUUGGCUGUCGCCUGGGCGCUGAAAACGAAAAGAAUAUCCAUCGAGCAAGGAACUCCUAAGCUCCCGAUCUACCUGGCGACAGCGGCAGCUGCCUUCGUAAUCGGGAAAUUCUCUUAUCGCAUGAAUUGCGCCCAUAAGCUUAUCGCUCUCAGUGAGGAGCUCGAAAUCGAGAGACACAAGACUUCGCAGCCAGCGAGUCCGGACGAGACGCUCGAAUGGGGAGCGGGGAGAAUUCAUGCGGAGAAGGGACUCGAGGGCGAAGAUCCCCAGCAGAACCGAAGACGCCAAGAGUUCGCUCAGCCAAGCCUGAGUAACGCCGCUGACAAAUCAACCGAUGAAAUGAUGACCUCGACAAAUCGUUAUGGAGAUAAUUGGAUUCGGUAAAGGAGCGUUGCGAAGCGAAAUAUUGUGGAAACUUGUUGGA